CCUGCCCACUUUUACCUGCCACUAGGCCAGAAAAUCAACCCUUUCCUUGUUCCAGGACUUGUCGACUGUGACAUGAAGGAACACGGACGACCGGGGAAGUAAACUAAGUUUGCUUUUUCACUGAUACUGACUAAAGAAAAGGAUCUAAUGGCCAUGGAUACAGUUGUUGCUGCCCUGGUUUGUUGCCUUCUGGCACUUUCUUUUGCUGUGGUACAAACAGAAAACAACACAGUCACAACUCCAACAGCACCUGCUGACUUUAACCUGACACAACAUAACUCUGCGGCACAUGUAACUGAUACAUCAACGUUCUCCGAGGACACGACACAAUAUACCGGCAUGACCGUGGACAAAGGAGCACUCACUAAAACCACAGCAGCCACAACUGAGAGCACAAGCCAGCCCCAGACGUCUCAGUCAACAACCAUGUCGCCUCCUCUAACAUCACCGAAGACCACAAUACCAACCUCUCAAAUUCCAACAUUUACUACACUGACUACACAAGCAAACCAGACCACAGCAGACAACACAAGUACACCCGACACACCAGUAAUUCCAACUGAAAAUUCAUCACACACUGUCAGUGCAACUUCACAAUCAGCGAAUAGGACCACUAAAGGUUUGGGCCUCAACACUUCUGAAAAGAACAUGACUAUUGUCUUCAGUGCUGUACUUGGAGCGUUUGGUGCUGCGUUGCUUAUAUUUAUGGUUCACAAAUGCAAACACAAAAUCCAAUUUAUGCACCAACCUCUUCAUAGCACAGACAACACGGAUGGAUUUGUGGCAGACGACGACACGCUUGUGAUUUCUGGAGGACUUUAUGAUGGCCAUCCAAUCUACGAUAAUGUACCUCCACUUCCUCGAAACCAGUCUCAGUUUCGACUCGAGUUCAUGUAAUGGAGAGAUAGAGUUCCUACAUUUUGGUGCUUGACUGGCAUGGACAAAACUAAUUUUCAUCAUCUGCCAAUACACAUAUUUUUAAGACUGAAAUUUCACCCCUGGGGAAUUUUAAUUCUUCACAAGGAUAUGCAAAGAAGAAAAUGUAAAAUGAUGAUGGGAGGAACAUUCAAACAAAUACAAAGCUGACUGAUUUAAACAUUGAGUUUACUUGUAUCAAUACCAAAAUUACAAUGAGAUAUAUUCUGUAAAACUACUACACCUUUUCGAACAGCAACAAUAUGAACUUGUGCAGAAUGAAAUACGUGCACGCCAAUAAAGAAAUUAUCUCAUACAAGAGCAUUUCAACAACUGAAUGUUGUGGGUGACACUACUGUCACUUAAAAUUUACCUAUAGACCUGAAAACAAUAAAACUUUAAACUUAAAGACUGAAAUCUGUCCAUCAACAAUACUGUUCAGUUGACAUGUAUUAGUGCUUUACAUGCAUGCCAAGAAAAAAAUGCCUGUUAUUAUUAGUAUAUUUGCUCUGACAAUAUUAUCACUAAAUGCUAAGCCACUAAGAAUACAAACACUUAAACUUGUCUAAUAUUAUCACUGUCUGUCUGUUCUGUAACUACUCAUGCAAAGAUGUGGUCACUGGUCAUUUUUGUCAAAGCCAUUAACAGCAUAAAGAUAUGUAAUUCAUACAACAGUGCUACAACAUUUUUUUUUUUUUGGUCACACUAGUCAUGUAAAAUCUAGAUAUACACCUGAAAACAACCUUAAACCUGCCUCCAUAAAACUUGCAACUUGAACAAUGAAAUCUUCCCCACCACCAAUAGUUUAUUUGAUCUAUAGCAAUACUUUCUAUGCAAAGAAGAAAAAAGUCUGUUAUUUUUCAUCUGUCUGAUACAUAACAAUAUUACCACUAAAUGUAAAGCCAAUAAGACUAUAAAAGCCUACCUGUCUCAUAUUAUUACCACAGUUCAUCUGAUCUGUAACAGCACUACUUAUGCAAAGAUCUUCUCAGUGGUCUUUUUCUUUUUUUUGUCACAGCCAGUUACAGCAGUCCAACCAGCAUCUCUCAUCCUUUUCAUUGCAGCCAGCUUUAAGGAGUUCCCUGGUGAUUUAUGAGUGACUGGGCUCUGAAGCUGGGAAAACAAACAACUUUAUCCAUGCAGAAUAAGUCGAUCAUGGAUCAUAUAUUACAUCAUGACGCACCACUAUGGUCAUAUUACCUUUUUGAAGAUGUUGAGUUUGCAGUGUGGAGCAGAAACAUUCAGCUCGGGUGCAUUUACAAAGGUCUAUUCAGACAAGAAACAAAAGACCAAAUCAUUUCUUGUCCAAAAUUUUGCAGACAUUAUUCUUUUAAAAAAUCAUAAAACCAAACAGGCUUCUGGCAGAUUUCUAACAAAUCAAACUCAACCAAUAACAUUGUUGCUUACCAGGAGAUCAUUUUGAUCAGAGCUGUCAGACCUGGGAUCAAGCUCAAUGGUCCUCUUGCCCCACUGUGCUGCCUUUUCAGCAGAAGGGGGAGUCCUGAUUCUGUACAACUACAGGGGAUUUGAAGGAGUAAAUGUCAGCAAAAUACAUUCAUAUUUUAUUUACUUUGGAAAACAUCAGAAUGACACAGUAUAUUACUUUCAUCUUCGAUGUGCCGCUGACUCUGUUUGUUGCUCUUCCUGGCGUUUUCAGGUCUUUGGUGUAAAUGUGCUAUAAUAUAAAGUCAGUGUCAGCCUGCCUUAUUAUAAAUGCUACAGGUGAGAUUCAUAUUGAUUAAUGCUAUAAUUACCUCUAUCACUAAAACCGAGAACAUUUUGUAUAUGAAUACAUUAAACUGUCAUCUACCUUG